GGAAUAUAAUACGGGCGUCUGCGGGUACGAAUUUCGGGAAAACGCUUCAAAAUUCGCGAACCCGGAAAAGACAUCAUACAGGAAAUAAUUAAUCAAUCUUAUCCUCUACCUAUUUCUUUUCGCAUGCGCGUUUGUUGACCUGCAAACUAGGUUCUCUAUUUCUUUACCUACAACUCAGGUCAUCCUCUUCUUCAAUCUUCUCUCUAAUCCUCGCCAUCUGGCUCCCGGAACAUAAAUCACUUCGCCUUUUCUCUCCUUUCAAAAUGCUUACCAGGAGGGUUUUGACAGCUUCGCGAUUUUUGCUGGCUCAACGUUCCGCCGCACCGCAAUUGAGAUAUCCACUCCCAGUUAUCCAGCAAUUUCGUAAUUAUGCCGACAAAGUUGUCAAAGUACCAGAGAUGGCCGAAUCCAUCUCUGAGGGCACUUUAAAACAGUGGUCAAAACAAAUCGGUGAUUAUGUUGAGCAGGAUGAGGAAAUUGCUACAAUUGAAACAGACAAAAUCGAUGUUGCCGUUAAUGCUCCCGAGGCUGGCACAAUAAAGGAAUUCUUAGCCAACGAAGAAGAUACUGUUACCGUUGGUCAAGAUCUUAUCCGUCUCGAACUUGGGGGUGCUCCAGAGGGUGGUGAUAAAGAAAAGGCCUCUUCGGAACCGAAAGAAGCAGCAUCAAAAGAUCAAUCAACAUCUUCGGAUCCUGAGCCAUCUAAGAAGGAGGAUUCAAAACCCAAGGAGGAUUCCAGCUCUCCUCCACCUACAGAGAAGAAAUCGGAACCAAAAGAGACGCCAAAGCCCAAACCAUCGGAAUCUAAGAAGCAAGAGUCGUCAUCUAGUACUUCCGGGCCUUCUUUGGGAAACCGUGAGGAGCGUCGUGUCAAAAUGAACCGAAUGCGACUACGUAUUGCUGAGCGUUUGAAGCAAUCGCAAAACACCGCCGCAUCUCUAACGACUUUCAAUGAGGUUGACAUGUCAUCCUUGAUGGAAUUCAGAAAACUCUACAAAGAUGAGGUGCUCAAGAAGACUGGUGUCAAGCUCGGAUUCAUGAGUGCCUUUUCUCGUGCAUCUGUGCUUGCCCUGCGAGACAUCCCUGCAGUAAACGCAUCCAUUGAGGGUCCAAACGGAGGUGACACCAUUGUCUACAGAGAUUAUGUUGAUAUCAGCGUCGCCGUCGCCACCGAGAAGGGCUUGGUAACUCCCGUUGUUCGCAACACUGAGAGCAUGGACCUUGUUGGUAUUGAGAAGACUAUUGCUGAUCUCGGCAAAAAGGCUCGUGACAACAAACUUACCAUCGAAGAUAUGGCCGGAGGAACCUUUACCAUUAGCAACGGCGGUGUGUUUGGCUCAUUGAUGGGUACACCUAUCAUCAAUCUCCCACAAACUGCUGUUUUGGGUCUACAUGCUAUCAAAGACAAGCCCGUUGUCGUCAAUGGCCAAAUUGUCAUUCGUCCAAUGAUGUAUCUGGCCUUGACCUAUGAUCAUCGUCUACUUGAUGGAAGAGAGGCUGUCCAGUUCCUGGUCAAGGUUAAGGAGUACAUAGAGGAUCCAAGAAGAAUGCUUUUGUAGACAUUGUAGACAAGCAGAGUCAUAAUCUUGGCUGUAAAAUUAUACCUCCAGUGCACACAUGUAAUACAAGACGAAGCAUUAGCAAGCCCUCGGGCAUCCAAGCUUUAAUGCUAUCUCGUUGAUUGCGAUGAGAGCAUUUGUUGAUAUGUAUUUUAUGACCACAUUUUGUCGCAAUUGUUCCAAAGACAUUCAAUCGCAUACAAGUACAGAUGGCCAAAAUCACGAUGUGGUAUGGCUUGUAACCGACAUGCAGUUCAUCGUUACAGACAAGAAGUCCGCUAAACACGUGUUCUCAUAGACACCAUCCGGUGCUGCCAUCCAUAUAUGUGAUUUUACCAUGAAUGCGUGCCUGUGGAUUUCAACAACAGUCAGAGUAUGAAUCACAUACUUCUUGUUUUACUAUGCACUAUUCCCUCCUAGUUUAAUCGAGACCACUUCAUAAAGCGCCUGCUCACCAAUAGGAUAUUGCAUACAUCAAUCAAAACUAACUCUAUGCUAUCAACUCCUCCUGAUAUUUACAAUUGCAAUCCUUUACUAAGGUCGGCUGAUUCGAGUAGUUAUGCCAUCGUUCUAAUUCACUGUUGGGUGCACUUUAAGCUUCAAGCUUGAACUAUAAUCGCGUAAUUUUCAAGUUUGAACUUGUUCAAGAUGGGAAUGCAGUCCUAUAUGGUGAGCUUGAAGUUUAAUCUCCUUUAGAUGACUACGAUGGCAUUAGCAGCAAUGCCUUGGACAAAAAUACAAACACCCAUGAUUAGUCCGGUGAACUGUACCAGAUAGUACUGCGAGUAUUUGUAUUGCCAUCAUACGAGUGUGGACGGCGCAAACAAGCUACGGUGGUCUUGCUCUGCUGGUUAAGAUAUCUGGAAAUGUUAUUCACCGAGUUGGGGUCAAAGGUAACAAUCCAAAACUUGAAACAUCCGUUCUGACUGUUUGAAAGUGCAAGUUUUGAAGCUUAGACUUAAAUCAUCAGACUUCAAGCUCCUCGGUGGACUUGAAUAUAUCCAUGCCCUUAUUUUUCAAAUGAUGAAAAUAAUGUCAAGUAUGAAAUUGAAUACAUUAGGGAUGAUACGAAUGAGGCGCACAUUGAGCGUAUUCUAUCUCGCUGGUAGCUCAGCUA